UAUAUAAACCCCCCCAACCCCCUUCCCCCUGUUUUCCUCUUUUUCCGCAUUCAAAACCUAUACAUACACGCUUAUAUCUAUAUCCCCCCUCCCCUCGUUCUCUGCAAUUUCUAGGGCUUGGGUUUCCUUUGCCGCUCUUCUUCGGUUGCAAAAAGAUAGCACACCGUUGUCUUCUUUUGUCGUACAUUUGUGGCUCCUGAGAUGAAGAUUUACAUGCAAGACCAAUGGUGUUUUGUCUGACAACUUUCCCAGCUCAAGAGAUCGUUAUUGUCUCUCAUUUUGACAUCUAUGUUCAUUAGAUUUCAGGAGGCUACCACCAGUGUCAAGAAAACUUGGAAGAAGUGGUUCUAUAUUGACAAGAGGGUUGGAUAAAAGGCAUUUUUGGGUUCUUUUUCUGACAUUGGGGUUUGCGAAACAAUUACUUUGUUUUUCCUUUCACCAAGGGCUAAUCAUUACCUAGUAUUUGAGUCGCUCUCUUGCUUAACAAACCUGGACAUGGGGGACCGGAAAUCAAGUGAUAGUGCUCCUGUUCUCACUGACCCUGCACCCAUGAACAAGUCAAGAUUAGGCCUCCAUUCUAGUCUACAUUCACCCCAGGGUGUAGUUUUCUCUUCAGGACUCUUCUUGACUGGCUCAAAGAAAAAAACAGUUGCUCUCGAUGAUGUCCGUACCAAUUCUUGGCUGGAUGCCAUGAAAUCCUCAUCUCCCACUCAUAGGAAGUUAGCAAAAGAUUCUGGGACUGAACUCAUACCAACCGGUGCUGAUGUUGCUUACCACAAUUGGAUGCUCAAGUAUCCCUCAGCACUUGCUUCUUUUGAGCAAAUAACUAAUCAUGCCAAGGGAAAGAGACUAGCACUGUUUCUGGACUAUGACGGGACUCUUUCCCCUAUUGUGGACAACCCAGACUGUGCCUUCAUGUCUUUAGCUAUGCGUGCUGCAGUCAGGAAUGUAGCAAAAUGUUUCCCAACGGCCAUAAUUAGUGGGAGAAGCCGCGACAAGGUGUACGAGUUUGUAGGGUUAACAAACCUCUAUUAUGCUGGUAGUCAUGGAAUGGACAUAAUGGGCCCUGUUCGCCCAGCGUCUAGUGAUCAACCACACUGUACUAGGUCCACUGACAAGCAGGGUAAGGAAGUUAACUUGUUCCAGCCUGCCAGUCAGUUUUUACCCAUGAUCGAUGAGGUUUUUAAAUCCCUUAUCGAUACUACUAAAGAAAUUAAAGGAGCAAAAGUGGAGAACAAUAAAUUUUGUGUCUCCGUGCACUAUCGCAAUGUGGAUGAGAAGUGUUGGACGAAAAUUGCAGAAUCUGUCGACGGAAUUCUGAAGGACUACCCUCGUCUGCGAUUGACACAUGGCCGGAAGGUUUUAGAGGUCCGGCCUGUGCUUGAUUGGAACAAGGGUAAAGCUGUUGAGUUCUUACUUGAAUCGCUUGGCUUAAGCGAUUGCGAUGAUGUGCUCCCAAUUUAUGUUGGAGAUGACCGGACCGAUGAAGAUGCAUUUAAGGUUUUGAGAGAGGGAAACCGUGGUUAUGGCAUCUUGGUCUCUUCCGCGCCUAAGGAAAGUCAUGCCUUUUACUCUCUCAGAGACCCAUCAGAGGUACUACUUAAAACUUUUUCUCUGCAACUCAAUAUAGAUUCUGUUUUGCUCUGUAGGGGAGAAAGUAGCAUGUUGUUAUCACUACUCCAAUUGCUGCUAUUUUCAGACUUCAGAAAACAAGAUUGAUAAUCUCUAAAAAGAGCAAACUGAAUUCAAAAAAUGAGGAAAUUGGCCUCUUUUAAAGAGAGUAAAGUUUACAAGAGAGAAAAAAAAUGAGAAGCAGCACCCAUGCAUGUUUCUAGUGCCGGCCCUGACAUUUGGGUUGUCCAAGCCCAAUCUCAAGCUUGGUUGCCCGCUUAUUAUUAAGUCAUAAAAAAUUAAUAAAAAAUACAAGGCAAAAAAAUCAAGGUCACAAUGUGCUUUUAGUUUGAAUUCUAUGAAAAAAUUAAAAUUAAAAUGAAAUUUGGGUUAUAAUGCUUUAUGAUUUAGCAUGAUUUGAUUCAAAAAAAAUUGAUGGGUUUCUAUUUAUUUUAUCUUUCAUUUAUUAAUUUUAUUUUCAUCAUUGCUCUAUAUUUAAUGAUAAAUUGAAAAAAGAAAUAUUAUGGACCAACUUGAAAAAAUACAAACUUGACUUAAAAAAUGGUUAAUGUUUUUAUUGAAGUUUUUUUUAAAUUUGUGAUUUCUGUGUAUACAUUAUAUACAUAUAUGCAUGUAUAUUUUUCUUAUUUGCAUACAUCACAAUGUGAAUGAGAAUGUGAGUAGUUGUUUUUUUUCUUUUUUUUGGAGGAGUUUUCCAUGCCGUUAAGGUUCUUAUUUUCCGUUUUACGAGACAUGUCAUUCUCUCACAAUACAUUCAAAAAAUAAAUACUUAUUUUAGUGAGUGGAACACACCCUAAUUAUUGAUGUAGAAGAAGUAUCUCCCAAAAUAAAAAAUUGACAUGAACAACAAAUGCCCUUUCACUUCUGGACAAAUAAAAAAGAGAGAGCGAAAAGUGGGUGCACUGUAGUCAAUGGAGA